GCAUUUACUUAAAUUCACAUGAAUGUUGAAUAAUGUUGUGGGGUGUGUGUGGGAUUUUCUAACUUAUUUCUCCAUGUGCUGUUUUUCCGAGUUUUAAAUGCAGCUUAUUUUUCCCUCAGAUGCUAAAUUUGAGUGCAGAAUUGCAGAGUUUGAAUGUAAAAGUAAACAUAAAUAUAAAAAGACUUGUGAGGUCAAAACCCUUAACAUAAACAACAAGUUUAAUUGAAAGUAUGUAUGUAUGGGGAUAAAUAUUAUAGAGGGUUCUUUAAGUAAAUCCUGCUGUAAUGUAAUCGCGCUUCCUAUUAUCUGCGCCGGUGGCGCUAUAGCGCACUGAGUUUGAACUAUCUGCAGCAGAGCUAGAGAGAACUGCUGUGGAUGGAGCUGUAUUCCAUCUUAACAUGACUCACUGUUCUCUUUUUUCCACUGCUCUGUGUGCAGGUGUACUUAUUGAAGGAGACACCCUGACAUUUUAGUUGAGGUCCUCACUGAGAAUACUGCUGAGAAAUUACUGGGAUUUAAGGAAAAGAACAUUACAACUUGUGAAACAUCGUCAUCUGGCUGUCUUCACACAAUAAAUCACCACAGAGGGAUUUAUGCAGAAUGGGCAAGAACAGACUUCACUUCUGCUCACAGUGUGGGAAGAUUUUUGCCAAGCCGAAUAUUCUCAAACGACACAUGUACAUUCACACAGGAGAGAAACCAUAUUGUUGUUCACAAUGUGGAUGUUGUUUUAGCCAACUAAGUAACUUAAACAGUCAUAAGCUUGUUCACUCAGGAGUAAAGUCGUAUCAGUGUUCAGAGUGUGGGAAGAGUUUUACACAUUCAGGUAGUUUAAAAAGUCACCAACGCAUUCACACAGGAGAGAAGCCGUAUCAAUGCUCACUGUGCGAGAAGGGUUUCAGAAAUUCAAGUGAUUUAAAAGUCCAUGAGCGCAUUCACACAGGACUGAAGCCAUAUGUUUGCUCACACUGUUCGAAGAAUUUUAGAAAUUCAAGUGCUUUAAAACGCCAUGAGCGCAUUCACACAGGAGAGAAGCCCUAUCAUUCCUCACACUGUGGGAAGAGACUUACACAGUCAAAUCAUUUGAAUGUUCACCAACGCAUUCACACAGAAUCACCACAGAGGGAUUUGUGCAGAAUGGGCAAGAAAAUAAAUCACUACUGCUCACAGUGUAGGAAGAGUUUUGCCAAUCCAAAUAUUCUCAAACGACACAUGUACAUUCACACAGGAGAAAAACCCUAUCAAUGCUCACAAUGUGGGAAGAGAUUUAUACAGUCAGGUGAUUUAAAAACCCACCAACGCAUUCACACUGGAGAGAAACCAUAUUGCUGUGUACAAUGUGGAUGGAGUUUUAGACAAAUAAGUAACUAUAACAGACAUACGCUUGUUCACUCAGGAGUAAAGCUGUAUCAGUGCUCAGAGUGUGGGAAGAGUUUUGCACAAUUAAGUAGUUUCAAAAUCCACCAGCGCAUUCACACAGGAGAGAAGCCCUAUCAAUGCUCACAGUGUGGGAAGAGAUUUAUACAAUCAGGUGGUUUAAAAAACCACCAACGCAUUCACACAGCAGAGAAGCCGUAUCACUGCUUACACUGUGGGAAGAGUUUUAGAAAUUCAAAUGUUUUAAAAAAACACCAGCGCAUUCACACAGGAGAGAAGCCUCAUUGCUGCUCACAAUGUGGGAAGUGUUUCAGAGACGCAAAUGAUUUAAAAGUCCACGAGCGCAUUCACACAGGACUGAAGCCAUAUGUUUGCUCACACUGUUGGAAGAAUUUUGGAACAUCAAGUGAAUUAAAAACCCACGAGCGUAUUCACACAGGAGAGAAACCAUAUCACUGUUUACACUGUGGAAAGAGUUUUACACAACCAAGUAGUUUGAAAACUCAUCAACGCAUUCACACAGGAGAGAAGCCGUUUCAUUGCUUGCAAUGUGGCAAGAGUUUUUCACAAUCAAGUGGUUUAAAAAAACACCAAAACAUUCACACAGGAGGGAAAUCAUAUCAUUGCUCACACUGUGGGAAGAGAUUUACAAAUUUAAGUGGUUUGAAAACUCAUCACCACAUUCACUCAGGAGAUAAGCUGUAUCAUUGCUCACAAUGUAGCAAGAGUUUUACACAAUCAGGUAAUUUAAAAAGUCACCAACGCAUUCACACAGGAGAGAAGCCAUAUCACUGCUCACAAUGUGGGAAGAGAUUUACAAAAUCAAUUAGUUUGAAAACUCACCAACACAUUCACACAGGAGAGAAAUUUUGAAGGACCUUUAUACUGCUACAGCCUUUCCAAUUGUAUGUGUCAGAUGAACAGGGGUUUUCUAAUGCCAUUUUAUCUCAGUAAUGUAGUUACAGCCAAUAAUCUCUCAUGUUUGUAAGAUAGGCUAUGAUGUGAUACUUUCUUUAACAGAGUUGACAAUUAAGAGAGACCAGAGAGUUAAUCUGUCGUACAGGAGGAUGACCAUUUGGGAUGGUGAGCAACAUGACUGUUAGUUAAAUUCUACUAGCACUAUGAAUGCAUGGCAGGACUUGGAAAGUCAACACUACAACACACAGAUAUAAAUUUUUUGUAGAUGGUCAACCUUCAUGGCCUAGAGGUAACUUUGGCUGUUUACGCAGUUAUCACCUUGUCAUGAGGUAACAGGUUUUGUUAUUGUAUAGCUGAUGAACCAUGUACAGUGCAAUUGUUCAGUCACCACUUUGGUUCCACCUGGGCACAGAGAGGCUUUUAUUUUAUGGAUUGUUUGUUCUGGUAUUGGUUGUUUUAUUUAUUUUUUUUAUUUGUCUGAUUGGCUUUGGCAUGACUUGAACACCACUGAAUUUCAACAUGGCAUCGCUUUUAAACAAGGUGUGGUGGCUAAAUAGGGGGCUGCUAAGCCAUUUCUUAGGCAUUUCCCCAGAUGCUCUCCAGUUUUGUGUUUUGCUGUGUUUUCCUGACAUUUUAUUCUGUUAAUACUCUUCAACAGGGGCAGUUCUA